AUGAAGUUCUCCCAUUCCUUACAAUUCAACGCGGUACCGGAAUGGUCUUCCAAGUAUAUUGCCUAUACAACUUUAAAGAAGUUAAUCUAUUCCUUACAACGAGAUAGUUUAAGAAGAAGUCAUGAAGGAGCAGAAACUACUGAUUUCGAAGCUGCUAAUUUAUUAUCUGAUGGAUAUGCUUCAACUGGUCAACUAGGAGAAGGAGAAAGUGCCACUACUGUAUUUAUUGCUGCUCUUGAUGCCGAAUUAGCAAAGAUCGAUUCCUUUUAUCAACAGCAAGAAACCUUUAUUUUCAAAAGCAUUGAUGAUUUAAUGAUUGACAUCGAACAUUUUGAACAGGAAAUCGAUGCAUCAUUAUCCUUAGCAAAGGGAUUCAGACCAAGAGGUAGAGCUGUAUCUGAUCUUUCACCCGAUCAGCUUCUUACUACUGACCCAGAUACUGAAUUUACUCAAGCCGAAGAAGAAGAAAUUGGAGAUAUAAGUGGAGACGAAGAUGCUGAACCUCAGGUUCCAAGAUCUAGAUUUUCUUCAAUGCCAAAUAUCGGACCUCAAGCUCAUACUUUGGCCCACUCUCGCUCUAUAGAUGAAUACCUCAAAUCACCAACUUCUCCACAAAUUUGGAAUAAUUUGAAUCAAUUUUCAAGUACAACUAAUUUACCUCCUCAAUUAAUUUUAUUAAGUGAAAGUAGAAUUAUUUUAAGAAAACGUAUCAUUGGUUUAUUCACAACUUUAUCAGAAUUGAAAUCUUAUAUUGAAUUAAAUAAAACUGGGUUUAAAAAAGCAUGUAAGAAAUUUGAUAAAUCAUUAAAUACAAAUAUUAAAGAUGAAUAUUUAGAAAAUUUACCUAAAAAUUCAUAUACUUUUCAACCUUCAACUAUGAAAAAAGUGGAUGAUCGUCUUGACGCUUUGAUUAAACUUUAUGCAUUAGUUUGUAAUCAUGGGGAUGACUUAGAAACUGCCAAAUCUGAAUUAUCGGUUCAUUUACGUGAACAUGUUGUAUGGGAAAGAAAUACCGUUUGGAGAGAUAUGAUCGGUUUAGAAAGAAAAUCAUAUGCGGCUAAUUCUCAAUUAGUUGAAGGUCGUGAUAGAAUAAGAGAAAAGAAUGAAGAUCUUAGAGAUAGUGGUAAAUUAAAGCAACAAUUUAAUUUAUCAUUGAAAAACCCAGUCAUUUUAAAAUUCUUAAUUAUUUCAGCCAUAACGAUAACUUUACUUAAUCUAUCUCCAUUUAGUGAUAAAGCUCAAAAGAAUUGUUUUGCCUUGUUAAUAUGUGCAUCAUUACUUUGGGCUACUGAAACUAUUCCAUUAUUUGUCACUUCCUUAUUGAUACCGUUAUUAAUUGUCAAUCUAGAAGUUAUAAAAAAUGAUGAUGGAUCCAUUAUGGAAGCUAUAGAUGCAUCGAAGUUUAUUUUAUCAACCAUGUGGAAUUCGGUUAUUUUGUUAUUAUUAGGUGGUUUCACGUUAGCAGCUGCAUUAUCUAAAUAUCAUAUUGCUAAAUUGAUAUCUACUUGGAUUCUUUCAAAAGCCGGUACAAAUCCAUCCGUAGUAUUAUUGACUAUUAUGGGAGUUGCCCUUUUUGCAUCAAUGUGGGUUUCUAAUGUUGCAGCACCAGUGUUAUGUUUUUCAUUAAUCCAACCAUUAUUAAGAACAUUGCCUAAAGGAUCACAAUUUAUUAAUGCAUUAAUUUUGGGUAUUGCUCUUGCUUCAAAUAUCGGAGGUAUGGCAUCUCCAAUCGCUUCUCCACAAAAUAUGAUUGCUAUUGGAUCAAUGGAUCCACAACCUUCAUGGGGUCAAUGGUUUGUUAUUGCUUUACCUGUCUGUAUUUUGUCAUUAUUAUUAAUUUGGAUUUUCUUGUUGAUUACAUUUAAUUGUAAUUCAAGAAACACUCAUUUAGUUGCAAUUAGAACCAUUGAUGAUAGAUUUUCUGCUAUUCAAUGGUAUAUUAUUUCAGUUUCAAUUGGGACUAUUUUCCUUUGGUGUAUUGCUUCUAAAUUAACUGGUAUAUUUGGAGAAAUGGGUAUUAUUGCCUUAAUCCCAAUUAUACUUUUCUUUGGAUCUGGAUUAUUAACCACGGAAGAUUUUAAUAAUUAUCCUUGGAAUAUUGUCGUUUUAGCAAUGGGUGGUACUGCAUUAGGUAAAGCCGUUGCCUCAUCGGGAUUAUUAGCAACCAUUGCCGUUACAAUCCAACAUCAAGUUGAAGGCUUUAGUUUGUUUGGAGUUACUUUAACUUUUGGAUUAUUGAUUUUAACAAUGGCUACAUUUGUAUCUCAUACUGUUGCAGCCUUGAUUAUUAUUCCAUUAGUUAGUGAAAUCGGUAAUGCUAUGCCAGAACCUCAUCCAAGAUUAUUGAUUAUGGCAAGUGCUUUAUUAUGUUCAGCAGCCAUGGGUUUACCAACCUCGGGAUUCCCUAAUGUUACUGCAAUUUGUAUGACUGAUGAAUUUGGUACCCCAUAUUUAACAGUUGGUACAUUUAUUACAAGAGGUGUACCAAGUUCAGUCAUUGCAUAUAUAAUGAUUGUUACUAUUGGUUAUGCCACUAUGAAAAUUAUCAAUUUCUAA